AUGUCCAACCCGCCUUUUACGGUUCGAGCGGUCUUCGAGUACGCUUCGGGCCACGAUGACGACCUCACCUUUUCGAUAGGCCAAGUCAUUACCGUCACGGAUGUGGAAGAUGCCGAGUGGUAUAGCGGCGAAUACACCGAUGGCUCCGGGGGCAAGCAGGAGGGUAUGUUCCCUAAGAACUUCGUUGAGCGCUAUGAACCUCCGGCCCCUCCGCGCCCAGCGCGCCCGAACAGAGCGAAGAAGGAGCCCGAGCCUGCGCCAGCACCGGCUGAACCAAUCGAGACUCAACCGCCCGCGGAACCUGAAGUUGCCGAGCAACUACCGGUGGAUGAACCUGAGCCAAUUUCCCAACAGCCUCCUGCAUUGGCGCCUCAGUCUCCUCCUCAGGUCUCAAGUCCUCCAGUUGAAGAGCCUACCUCGCCCGUCCAGCUUGCACAGCCAAUCCCUGCACCUGUCGCACCAGCAGCCGACCCCGCGCCUCCCGUUGUCAAGGCUUCGAAGCCGCCCCCACCAGCUGUUGCUGAGAAGCCCUCCUCGUUCAAGGACCGCAUCGCUGCCUUCAACAAGUCCGCUGCGACCCCAAUUACUCCUUUCGCACCUGGUGGCCAGAAGCCAGGUUCCUUCGUCAAGAAGCAAUUCGUCGCUCCCCCUCCAAGUAAGGACUCCUAUGUGGCACCGCCACGAGAGCCUGCUCCCAAGGUAUACAAAAGGGAGGAGGAUCCGGAGUUGCAAGAGCAGAUCGCCCGCGAGCCUCCCGUCUCAGAAAGCCGUCCUCCCCCCCCUCCGCCUCAGACUCUUCCGCAAGAAACCGAAGAGGGGACAGAGGAUCAGCCCAAGCCCACCAGCUUGAAAGACAGAAUCGCACUCCUUCAGAAACAGCAAUUAGAACAGGCAGCGCGCCAUGCCGAGGCUGCUCAGAAGAAGGAAAAGCCCAAGCCUCCCAAGAAGCCCGUCGAGCAGCCGGUCGAGGCCACGGAGCCUAUUGAAGAUAUCGAUGCUUCGCCAGUUGAAGCAACUGCAACCACUACCGUCCGGGAUCCUAGCGUUGAUACAGUGCGAUCCAAACCCGCACCGCCCCAACCUCCUACUCCAUUGGUUCCAUCUGAGGAAAUACUUAGCGACGCAAACGACGCAGAUUAUUCUGCAGCUGCUGAUUCCGAGGAUGCAGGAGAGACCUCAACCAGCAAGGAUGAUGAAGAUGAGCGUCCACGCCAAAUGUCGACCCAUACCAUUGAACCAAAGGCCGAAGAGGCUGCUGAAGUCGAGGAGGGAACAGAGGAGGAAGAGGAGAUGGACCCCGAAACCAGACGUCGGAUGGAGCUUCGCGAGAGAAUGGCGAAGAUGAGCGGCGGUAUGGGAAUGAUGGGCCUUUUUGGCCCCCCUGGUGGUAUGCCAGGCAUGUCUGCUUCUGGACCUCGCAAGCCCAAGACCCCUGGCGAGUCCGAGAAAAGGCUUGGUGAGCCUGAGCCUACCUCUCCGGGCAAUGCUCCUCCCGUCCCUAUGAUUCCUCUGCCUGGAAUGAAUCUCAACACCAAGCCUGCCCCUCCUGAUGUCGAGAAGGAGGACGAGGAACCUUUGGCAACUCCCGUCUCUGAGCAACACCCACCGCGAGAGGUACCGGACGUGGAGGAGGUUGUUCACGAGAGCUCCCUACCACGUCGUUCUACUGACCGGGCUCCUCCCGCCCCACCCGCACAUGCUAACCAUGCCACGAUGUUUAGCUCCUGCACCGCCUCCCAGAGACUCACGUCCCGUUCCUCCUCCCCUGUGACAACAGAAGAGCCCGGCUCGCCUCCACCUGUUCCUGGAGGUCGACCAGCUCCUCCCCUUCAUAGAGCCUCCGAGGCUGGAAAUGAGUCCGAUGACGAAUUGUCCAUCCACACAGGAAAGCUGUCUUUGGACUCGGGUGUCCGAGCCGUCCCACCCCCAAUCCCUGCCCCGGCAAUUCCUGACAAUAUCGAUUCUCGUCGUUCCUCAACAUACGACUCGACACCUUCAACCCCAGCAGCCGAAAAGAGAGCAAGCCGCGUUCCUCCACCAGUCCCAUCGAACCCGCCUGUGCCACCGACACAGAGCCGGGCUCCCCCUCCCCCUCCCCCCAACGCGCCCCGUCGGCGCUCUACCGCUGACAGCCGUACCAGUGCUGUCUCUCCUCCCCGACAGGCUGGAGAGGACGUCGAGGGCGAAGUUACCGAAUAUGAUGGAGAUUAUGAUACUGACAUUGCGUCGGGGGCUAAAUUCAAGGAUGCUCUGCGGUCUCAUGAACCCAGCCCCCGCCAAUCCCCCCCAACCGCUGCACCACGGGCGGUUCCACCUCCCCCGCCUAAUCAACCUCCUCGAAACGCCCGUGCUUCAAUUGAUACACCUCGAGGACCUCCUCCGCCACCGCCUGGCAAGGAGCCACCGCCCGGUGGAGAUGAUGAAGAGUACGACCCAUUUAACUACUCUGCUCCAUCUCAUGGUCUGCCCCCAAUUCCCGCCAGUGGGCGCCCUGAGGCUCCUCCACCCCCUCCUCCGCAGCCAGUGACCGAGUACGACGAUAUGUAUGACGCUUCUCCUGUUGAGAGCCACGCUCCCGACGCCUAUCCUACAGCUCAACAUGAGAAGCGACCUUCUCUUGCGCCGCCACCGCCACCUAGCCAAGCCCCUUCACUCCCAUCUCCAUCCGUUGGCCGAAGUGGACGGGCCUCCAUGGAUAUGCUGAGAAACCAACCUAACGUCCGUCGGUCCAUGGAUGUUUCUCGCCCAUCUGUCGACCAAGGAUAUAUCGCGACCGAAAUUGAUCUGGCAGAGAGUUCUAUUUGGUGGGCCCAGCCUAACACUACGCCUCCUGUCUUCCAAGGCCGCAAGGACAUUCUCUUCGAGGUUGAAGAAUCGUCUUCGUCGAAGCGUGGUGGCAAAACAACCAUCUCGAAGGAUAUUUACGUCUUGUUUAUGGAUUACUCCCAAACCGUUGUGACUGUCCAAUUCAACGCGAAGAACCCAGCAGAUGCUAUACUCGAGCAGCGCCACGAAGGGACCCCACUCCUGCCCCGACAAGACCAGUUGGAACAGGCGCACCUGCAGCUGGGAACCCGCAUUUCCGAAGCGGUGAACUCCGUUCAGAACUCAACGGUUGGUGACGGUACUCCGUUCGGAUUGGUCCAACACCUUCUGAAUCCGCUGGCUGAUGCGCUGCUUCCUGUUGGUACUCGAGCCUACGGUGCACUCGUCUACUCAAACCUGGCCAAUGCCUCAGUCUCGCAGAACGACGAGAUCAGGGCCGGUGACAUCGUAAGCUUCCGAAACGCUCGCUUCCAGGGUCACCGUGGCACCAUGCACCAGAAGUAUAGCGCAGAGGUCGGCAAGCCCGAUCAUGUGGGUGUUGUUGUCGAUUGGGACGGCACAAAGAAGAAGAUCCGCGCCUGGGAGCAAGGUCGCGAGAGUAAAAAAGUGAAGAUGGAGAGCUUCAAGCUGAAUGACUUGCGCAGUGGGGAAUGCAAGGUCUGGCGGGUGAUGCCGCGCAGCUGGGUUGGCUGGGAGUCCUCGAAAUAA